UAGAGGUGAAUUGGGGGAGAUAAGGAGGGGAAGAGUGAUUUUGAAAUAUUGAUUUAAUAUUUAAUGAGGAUGUGGCAACAGGCAGAGGCAGAGGCAGAGGCAGAGGCAGAGAGACAGAGACAGAGACACAACUGUUGGGUUCUAAACGAAAGGCAAGUGCAAAGGCAAAGCAUGUCCACCUUAUAAAACCAACCAACCCAUUCCACAUCGCACUCAAAACUCACAACUCACAACUCACAACUUACCAACAUAACCCUUUCCUAUUGCAAUGGACUCCUCAAACUCUUCGUUUUCCAGCUUCCGCGCCUACCUCCGCGCCCUCUCCCACACCCCCACGCGCCUCGCCCGACGCGCCCUCUCCGUCUCCACCUGCUACGAUGAGGUUAGCCACGUGCGAGCCCGCUCUGGCCCCACCAUGCGCAAGACCCUCCGCUGCUUCGACCUCGUCUCCCUCGGCAUCGGCGGAAUGGUUGGCGCCGGCGUCUUCGUCACCACCGGAAACGCCACCCGCCACUACGCCGGCCCCGCCGUCCUCCUCUCCUACGCCAUUGCCGGCUUCUGCGCCCUCCUCUCCGCCUUCUGCUACACCGAGUUCGCCGUCGACAUGCCGGUCGCCGGCGGCGCCUUCAGCUACCUCCGCGUCACUUUCGGCGAAUUCGCUGCAUUUCUUACCGGCGCAAACCUCGUGGUGGACUACGUCUUGUCGAAUGCCGCCGUUGCCAGAGGCUUCACCGCGUACCUCGGCGCCGCCAUUGGAAUCUCCUCCGCUAAAUGGCGCCUCAUCGUUCCUUCUCUUCCCAAAGGCUUUAACGAGAUCGACAUCGUGGCCGUGGCUGUCGUUUUGCUGAUCACCCUCGUCAUCUGCUACAGUACGAGAGAGAGUUCUGUGGUGAACAUGAUACUGACGGCGCUGCACAUAUUGUUCAUUGUGUUUGUGAUAACAAUAGGCUUCUGGAGAGGGAGUUGGAAAAACUUUACGCAUGCCGCUAACCCGGAAAACCCCUCCGGUUUCUUCCCAUACGGUGCUGCUGGAGUUUUCAAAGGUGCAGCCGCCGUUUACUUAAGUUAUAUUGGCUACGACGCCGUUUCGACUAUGGCGGAGGAAGUCAAAGACCCUGUGAAGGAUAUUCCCAUCGGUGUCUCCGGUUCCGUGGUUAUUGUUACGGUUCUCUACUGUCUUAUGGCCGCUUCCAUGACCAAACUUCUUCCUUACGACAUGAUCGAUGCAGAAGCACCGUUUUCGGCGGCGUUCAGUGGAAAAUCGGACGGUUGGGGAUGGGUGUCUCGAGUGAUAGGAGUGGGGGCCAGCUUCGGGAUACUGACGUCGCUGUUGGUGGCGAUGUUGGGUCAGGCUCGAUACAUGUGCGUCAUAGGCCGUUCCAAUGUGGUCCCAUCUUGGUUCGCUAGGGUCCACCCCAAGACCUCUACCCCUGUCAACGCCUCAGCUUUUCUUGGAAUCUUCACAGCGGCAAUAGCCCUUUUCACUGAUCUUGAUGUCCUCCUCAAUCUGGUGUCCAUUGGUACCCUAUUUGUCUUUUACAUGGUGGCAAAUGCCGUGAUCUAUAGACGUUAUGUGGCUACUGGGACAACGAAUCCAUGGCCUACAUUGUCCUUCCUCUGCUCAUUUUCCUUUACCGCUAUCAUGUUCACCCUUAUUUGGAAAUUUGUACCCACAGGAGGGGCAAAAGCAGGGAUGCUGAGUGCCAGUGGUCUUGUUGCGAUUGCAAUAUUACAACUUUUCCAUUGCAUGGUCCCUCAGGUUCGAAAGCCAGAAUUCUGGGGUGUCCCAUUCAUGCCCUGGAUACCCUCUAUUUCAAUCUUUCUCAAUGUGUUUCUGUUGGGAUCACUGGAUGGGCCAUCCUAUGUUCGAUUUGGAUUCUUUUCGGCUGUUGCGGUGCUUUUCUAUGUCUUGUACAGUGUUCAUGCUAGCUUUGAUGCCGAAGGAGAUAGUUCUUUGACUGGAAAGAAUGGAGAAGUCCACGUGGAAUCAAAAGAAAUUGAGGACCAAAGUUUCAAAGUGUAGAUAGAUAAAUGACCCUUUGAUUAUGUUUUUUAAUUUUAAGUUGGGAUCACUUCAACCUUUUUGGAUGGUUGAGGGUCACUUGGAACAAGGAUGUGGGGAGGGAGAAUUAUGUGGAUUACAUAUUAAAUGUAUCAGAAUAUUAGAAUAGGCUGCAACUUUUGUAGAAGUGGCGAAUUGUAUAGUUAGACUGGCUUCGGCUUAGGUUGUGAUCUCUUUUUUUGUAAAUUCUCUUAAUUCUAUCCCCCAAGACAAAAAUGAAAUAAAAAAAUCUAGGUUCAUCUACC